ACUGGAAGAACUGCAUCCACUCCAACGACACUAGAGGUGACUUUGACUCACUCACAAGUCUCAUCUCGUUCUCCAGCUCCGACUGUGGAAAUGUCCCAAAGCACAGUGGUGUCUUCUCCCUCAACAUUGUCUAUUUCUUCCACUCGCAUCCAAAGCCAGAGCCAGGAGACAUCGCGUCCUGUGACAUCGAGCGUCUCUAGUUCUUCUGCACCACAACCUCUGAAGACAACUACAGUGUCCAUCACUUCCUCAGCAGACCAUGGCCCUCAAGGGGUGUCACCUGGCACACCAAGGUCAACGAGUCCUCCUUCUCCGACUACUGAGCACCAAAGAACCACCCACGUUUCAUCUCCUCCUGUUGCUUUGACAAUGAGCACAUCGCAGGAGCAAACGUUGCAUUCCACCACUCUGCGUCACACCGUGGAGACAGCAAGAGUCGUGCAGAGUAGCCUCCCUUCCAGCACAGCAAGGCCUGAGACCAGCUUGCCCUCCACCUUAGCCACCUCUGAAAGCCUCACGACCAGAAGGACAACUGGCGUAACUUCAUCCACUCCCAGCACAACAGAGACGACAUCCACUCACUCACAAGUCUCAUCUCUUUCUCCAGCUCCGACCUUGGAAACGUCCCAAAGUACAGUGGUGUCUUCUCCCUCAAGUUUGUCUCCCAGUCAUAUCCCAACGCUGAGCCAGGAGACAUCGCAUCCCGCGACAUCUGCUAUCUCUAGUUCUUCUGCACCACACACUCUGAAGACAACUACGGUCUCCAUCGCUUCCUCAGCAGCUCCUAGUCCUCAAGGGGUCUCUUCUGGCACACCCAUGUCAACUAGUCCUCCUUCUCCGACUAGUGAGCACCAGAGCACCACCCACAUUUCAUCUGCUCCCCUAUCUGUGAAAACGACCACACCGCAGGAGCAAACGUUGCCUUCCACCACACUGCGUCACACCGUGGAGACAGGAAGAGUUGUGGAGAGUAGCCUCCCUUCCAGCACAGCAAGCCCUGAGACCAGCUUGCCCUCCACCUCUGAAAGCCACACGACCAGAAGGACAACUGGC